CACAUUUCAUCCAGGAUCAGCUCGUCUCUGGGUUCCUGGCCCUUGUACAAGUCCUGAGGCAGGUUAGGUAGCCCAUGGACAGGGAGAUGGGAAGGGUUCUGGGCUCCUGUAUACCGGGCGCGGAGACGGGUAGGGAGGAGGAGGGGCUGGACCUGAGCCUGUCGCUGCAGCCGUCGUCGCCGCCGAGGUUCCAGGCGGUGUUCGCCUGCUGCUACUGCCCCAGGAAAUUCCGGAGCUCGCAGGCGCUCGGUGGCCACCAGAACGCGCACAAGCUGCAGCGCAACCUGGCGAGGCGCGGCCGGGAGGCCGCGCCGGCGCCCCCGGAGCCGGCGCCAGUGGUAGCCGACCAAUCUAACAAGGCAGCCGGCAGCGAGAGCGCGCCGGCGUUGUGCCCCACGGCGGAGCCGGGCGCCGAUGCGUGGGGAGGGGACAGGCGUCACCGUCAUCAUCUUCAUCAGGGCUCAGCAGGUGGUGCGGCGGCCUCGUCCGGUGCAAGCAGGGGUAAUGCAGAGGUUGCAGAAGAGAUGAUUGACCUGUCCCUGAAGCUAUGAACCGAUGCAUGAGCUAGCACUAGCAGCAGCUCCUCUCCUCUUCCAUUAGUUUUUGCUUCGUUUUUUCACGUCAUUUCUUGUACCAUCUAUCGUGUUAUUCCUUGUCGCAGCUUAUGGGCUUAUGCAUUCAUGAUUGA